AAAAGCACACCGUCACGUCUGUCGAGUACGGGCGUACUUGUUUUUAUUUUAAUGCUUGUUCAAGCCUAGGGUCCACUUCUAUGAUUACCAGCUGGUCAAGGUGUAAUACUAGUAAUAGAGUUUAUUGAGUUUAGUCUCAUAACACGAAGGUAACAAGAGAUUUUAAUAGGUUCAUCAAAGAGAAAAGCUACAAUAGAUUCAGUCAGGGGAAAAAGUAAACAAAAUCAUCACAGGAAACCUUUUAGCCCAAAUAAAUAUCAAUAACCAACAACAACCAGGAAUAAAAAAUGUCUGACUAUAUUGCCCCUGCCGUUGCCAUGCUGAUUCCCAAUGUUGGAGGAUUUGUUGGGGGCUUGGCUGUCAAAGGCAACAUAAAAACAUGGUUUGAUCACUUGAAACUCCCCUCAUGGCGUCCACCCACAUGGCUGUUUGGUCCCGUCUGGACAACUCUCUUCUGUUGUAUGGGCUAUGCUUCCUAUUUGGUGUGGCGUGAUGGGGGCGGGUUCGGUGGUGAUGCUGCCUUACCACUUACUGCUUAUUGCACUCAGCUGGCUAUUAACUGGGUAUGGGCUCCAAUAUUUUUCGGAACACGCAACCUCAAAUGGAGUAUGACAACUGCAGUCUGCCUGUGGACCAGUAUUGCUGGAACCAUCUACCUGUUCUACGGCAUCAAUGAAACAGCUUCCUACCUCAUGCUGCCUUACCUGGGAUGGGUCUCAUUUGGGACGGCCCUCACUUACAAACUUUGGAGUGACAACCCAGACCCAAAAAAAGAGUAAAAA